AUGAGUCAGAGGGACCUUAAUUUUAGACAGUGGCACUGGAUUAAGCUUUUAGCAGAUUAUGACAUCUCUAUCCUCUGCCAUUCGGGCAAGGCGAGUGUAGUAGUAGACACCUUGAGCCGAAAAGCAGGCAGUAUAGGUAGUUUAGCUUACUUGCCUACUGUUGAGCGACCCCUAGCCUUGGACAUCCAGUCUUUGGCUAAUAGGAUAGUCAUGGUGGACAUCUCAGAUUAUGGACUAAUUUUGGAUUUUGUGAGAGCUCUUUCAUUUGUAUUGGAUAAGAUUCAUGGUCGACAGUUUGAGGAUGGAGCAUUGUACAUUCCAAAUGAGUUCCACGUGUUUCGGUAUGAUUCUGUUAAGAUGGAUAAUCGCCUGACCUUUGUUGAGGAAUCGAUUACUAUAUUACCCAGAGAUGUUUUCCAGUUGUUCUAG